GAGAGAACCGGACCGGACCGUUUUCCGUCUCUUUGGAUUAUUUCUGCUGCACGAGACAUGAUCCUGAUCAAUAUCAUCACUCUGGUGUUUGUGUGGGAUGUGUGUGUGUGUGACUCGGAGCUGGGCUCCCCCGGGUGGCGGGAACCUCUGGACUGCGUCCGGGCCUCCGAGCUGUGCAACCAGAACAGCCAGUGCAGCUCGCGGUACCGGAUCAUGCGCCAGUGCCUGUCGGGCGGGGACAAGGAGCGCAGCGCCAUGCUGGCCUCCAAGGAGUGCCAGGGGGCGCUGGAGGUGCUGCAGGACUCGCCACUCUACGACUGUCGCUGCAAGAGAGGCAUGAAGAAGGAGUUGCAGUGUCUGCAGAACUACUGGAGCAUCCACAUGGGUCUGACCGAGGGAGAAGAGUUUUACGAGACGUCUCCCUACGAGCCGAUCCAUUUCUCAGAGGAAUUCCGACAUGCCUCCAUCAUCUCAGAUUCAUCUCUGUCGAAGAUGAGCCCCUGCUCGGAGGCGGGGAAACCCUGUAACCCGUGUCUGGACGCGGCGAAGGCGUGCAACCUGAACGAGACGUGUAAACGCCUUCGCUCCGCCUACAACUCCAUCUGCAGCAAGGCCACACCCCCUCAGCCCUCACUGGCCAAUCAGGAGCCGUGCAGCCGGAAAAGAUGUCAGAAGGCUCUGCGUCAGUUCUUCGAGAGGGUAUCAUGGGAGCUCAGCUACCCGCUGCUCUUCUGCUCGUGCCCGGACCAGGCGUGUGCCGAGCGCCGCCGCCGCACCAUCGUCCCGUCCUGCUCGCACCAGGAGCGCCACAAGCCCGGCUGCCUGGAGCUGCGGCGCCUCUGCCGCUCCGACGCACUCUGCAGGUCUCGGCUGGCUGACUUCCACAUGAACUGCCAGGUGACGCCUCACACCGUCACCAGCUGCCCGCACGACAACUACCACGGCUGCCUGAUGUCGUACGUGGGCCUCAUUGGCUCUGAUGUGACGCCGAACUACGCCGACAGCAGUCCGUCCAACAUCACGAUGAGCCUGUGGUGCAGCUGCAGGGGAACCGGCAGCCAGGAGCGCGAGUGUGACGCCUUCCACCGGGACUUCACCCACAACAGCUGCCUCAAGAACGCCAUCCAGUCGUUCGGUUACGGCUCAGAGGGAGGAACUCUUCUGGUGACGGAGCCAGCGUCCACCUUCCUCCCACCCGCCCAGCCGCCAAUCAUCUCCAAACCCGCCCCCUCUCUCCAUGGCAACGCAAUCAAACCCAUGGACAGUGCGUGCAUGUUCUCCACCUGUGCUAACCUGCAGGAUGGAGGCCAAAAGUGCAACCCUGCCGAUGAGUUUGAGUGUGAAGAGGCUCUGCUGGCUCAGGGGUCAAUAGACUCUCAGGACUCUGCAGGACCGAAGAGCAGCAGCCGGCGAUCAGCUCCACUCGUCCUCCACCACGUCUCUGUGGCCGUGUGUGUGUCCGUCCUGCCAACGUUUCUACUCCUCCUCCUCUCAUAAACAUGAACUCACACCUACAUACUGUACAAACACCCACACAUUCACUCACACACACACACACACACACACACACGCACACACACACGCACACACACACACGCACACACAUUAACACACAAACACACACACUUAUAAAUGGCAAGACCCAGAGAAAGUCACAUGACUUGGCGCCCUCCGCUACAAGAAAAUGUCAACCAACAGACAUCCAAACGUCAACAACAGGCUUUCGAGGAGGGAAAGUGUUCUGGAGGACAUUCAGAUUAUCCGUC